AAUGUCAUUCUAAGUUAUUUGAGCUCAUGGUUUGAUCAAUGAUUUUAUAUUUGCAGUACAGGAAGCAGAUUAAUGACUUUUUCAAUACUCCGAUAGGAAGGAGUUUUGUUACUAUUUUUUUCCUCUGGUUUGCAUUAUCUGGGUGGAUGUUCCGGCUCUUCAUAAUUGCUACAUGGGUUCUGCCGAUUGCUGGACCUCUUCUCAUUGGGACUUUGGCAAAUAAUCUUGUUAUCAAGGGAGCUUGUCCAGCUUGUAAAAGACAGUUCGUUGGUUACAAGAACCAAGUGAUUCGUUGUGGUGGCUGUGGUAACAUCGUGUGGCAGCCUAAGGGGGGCUUUCCAGGCAGAGGGCCUGGGGAUUUCUUUUCAGGAGGUGGUAGAGGGACCAGGGGUUCAAAGUCAGAUCCUGAGAUCAUUGAUGUUGAUUUUGAGGAAAAAUCAUGAGAUGCAAGCUUGUACAAGAACAACGUGUGCCUGAUGAUAUACAACAACAUAAAGAAGCUUCUAGAAGAAAAUACUGUUCAUUUGCUACGAUGUUUAUUACUUCUUGUUGUAUGAUAAUCUUACACCCAGUUGAGACUCGAGUAGCUUAUUUACCCGUAGUUCAUGUAAUUAUGACAAAUCCUUUUUUUGAAGAUCAAAAUAACCUUUCGUGAUCAAUUUUCUCUGAUUGGAGGAACCAAACUAUUGAAAUGCUCUAAUUGGCUUCCAUCUC